AUGAUUUCCACUAUCAGAAAAGAAUCAAAUUUUUUCCAAGUGGUAGAUAAUAAGGGGGAGACUAUUGGAAAAGAGAUUGAGAAUUUUUUGAAUGAUUGGAGCAUUUCAAAAUUAUUUUCCAUUACGGUGGACAAUGCUUCUUCAAACGAUGUCGCUAUUCGGUUUUUGAAGAGACAUUAUCGAGAAAAGGGAAAUGGUCUCAUUUUAGAUGGGAAGUUUUUACAUAUGAGGUGUUAUGCUCAUAUUGUAAACUUGAUUGUCAGUGAAGGAUUAAAAGAGAAGCAUGACUCAAUUGUUAGCAUUAGACAUGCUGUGAGAUAUGUUAGGUCUUCUCCCGCUAGGCUCAAAGAGUUUAAAAAAGUUGUCAUAGAAGAAGGAAUUGAAUGCAAAGGAUUUCUAUGCUUAGAUGUCCAGAUGAGGUGGAACUCUACAUAUCUCAUGCUUAAUUGUGCAAUAAAAUUUCGAAAGGCAUUUGAAAGUAUGGAAUCAAAUGCAAAUUUCAUGAAGUAA